AACGUUGCCUAUAAAUAUCAAUCUCCGGAUUCUAGAGUCUGGACUCUGGACUCGCUCGUCACUUCACCUGCUUUCCUCAACAGCUCUGAAAAAAUGUCGAAUCCACGGAUCUAUACAGCUUUAGCAAUCGCAGCGUUGUUCUUCUUCUCGGCAGCCUUCGCCGACGACGUCGUCGUUCUAACCCAAGACAACUUCGACAAGGAAGUCGGCCAAGAUCGAGGCGCUCUCGUCGAAUUCUACGCCCCCUGGUGUGGUCACUGUAAAAAGCUUGCUCCCGAGUAUGAAAAGCUUGCUGCAAGUUUCAAGAAGGCAAAAUCUGUUCUCAUUGGAAAGGUGGACUGCGAUGAACACAAGAGCCUUUGCAGCAAAUAUGGAGUUUCUGGGUACCCAACCAUCCAAUGGUUUCCUAAAGGGUCUUUGGAGCCAAAAAAAUAUGAAGGUGCACGAACUGCAGAAGCCAUUUCUGAGUAUGUAAACAAAGAAGCAGGAACCAAUGUUAAGAUUGCUGCAGUCCCCUCAAGUGUUGUGGUAUUAACUCCAGAAAACUUUGAUGAGAUUGUCCUGAAUGAGAAAAAGGACGUCUUAGUAGAGUUUUAUGCACCAUGGUGUGGUCAUUGCAAACACCUUGCUCCGAUUUAUGAAAAGGUUGCAGCAGCAUUUAAACUGGAUGAAGACGUUGUUAUUGCUAACUGUGAUGCUGACAAGCACAAGGAUAUUGCAGAGAAAUAUGGUGUAAGUGGUUACCCCACAUUGAAAUUCUUUCCAAAGGGCAACAAGGCUGGUGAAGAGUAUGAAGGUGGCCGAGACCUAGAUGACUUUGUAAACUUCAUCAAUGAGAAGUGUGGCACUAGUCGUGAUGCCAAAGGACAGCUUACUUCUAAGGCUGGAAUUGUUGAACACCUAAGCAACUUAGCCAAGGAGUUUGUGAGUGCCAUUGAUAGUGAGAAGAAGGAAAUAUUUAGCAAACUGGAGGAGGAAGUUGAGAAGCUUUCUGGUCCCUCUGCAAGAUAUGGCAAGAUCUACCUAAAAGUUGCCAAGAGCUGCAUGGAUAAAGGAACUGACUAUGCCAAAAAUGAAAAUCAACGAUUAGAGCGCAUGCUUUCAAAGUCAAUUAGCCCAACAAAGGCUGAUGAGUUUACUCUCAAGAAGAACAUCCUAUCUGCCUUUGCUUGAUUCCGGUGAUAGAUUGUGCGGUGUGGCAGCUUGUGGAGUCUGCAGUUUGGGUUCCCGAGUAUCUGCCCAAGGUUCGAAAUGUACCAUCUUAUCACUUCUACAUUUCUGCUGCACUUUUCUUACACAGUUUAUGUCAAAGAGAGGAAGCUUUUGGCCUGCAGCAAUAGCAAUAAUUAACACUUAUUUUAGCCUGAAUACUACCAUUUAGCAGCUUUUGAUAGUGAAAAGGGAGUAGAUUGUUACUGCACUUUCAAUUGCUGAUCAGGAUAGUUGUUUGUAUUGAAAAUUUGAGUAUACAUUUUGUUAGGUUAAAUAAUUUAACUAUUUUAGCAAGGUUUGUGGAAUGGAUAAUAGUCAAGUUUGACACAACUUGUUUUAAA